UGGAGGUGGGUGCCACCCACAGGGGCUGUCACGAGGUGGGGGCUGGUAUGGCGAGACCCACAGCCCCUGUUAACGCCAGGCAAGGCUGUGGGGCUGCCCGGGGCUCCCUCCAGCACAUCGCAGCGCCAAGGCCCACCCUGUAUCCCCAGGACCAAGCUCCCACUGCUCUCUUAUGAGGGACAGAGGGGACUUAGCCUGAGCAUGAGCACCGCCCACAGCUUGCAGCGGGUGGGUGUAACCCCCCCAUGCUUCCUCCACAGCCCCCUCAGGGCUGUGUGACCUCAGUCCCUAUAGCCUGGAAACGGAGCAUCUCUCCUGGUCCCCUGCACUACCAGGCUCAGCCCCGCUCCCCGUAUUCCUGCUGCAGCAUUUGCUGCAAACCUCUGCCAUUCUCGGCAAGUCCGCGGGGAUGGGGGCACCUGCCCCGCUCCCUCCCGGGGCUCACGCCCACCCCAGACCCCCCGCCCUGCACGGGGUACCCCCAGCCCCUCACUCUUGUGGGGAGGAGUGACAUCCAGUGGUGAGAGCGCGCAUUUCCACUUCCCACGGCCCCGGGAGCAGCUGAAGAAGUUGCUCCUCUCUCCAUCGCCUCCGAGCUGUGAGGUGCAGAGGGAUGGGAGCGCCCGGCGCCUGGGGAUGCCCAAAUCCCGGCCCUCACGGCCCUGCACAAAGGUGGAGGCUCCCCGGGACCGGCGGGCAGGCGCCCCGCAGAGCCGCAGCUGCACCGAGCUGCACCGGCACCUCACUUCCACCACCCCCUGCGCCCAGACCAAAGCCCCUCGUGCACCCGAGCAGUGCCCCAGCGGCCGCCACCACCCCCCCGUGGGUGACUGUGCCCAGCACGAGGACGACAGUGACUGCAGUGAGGACUCGCUCAGCUCCAGCGACGCGGUGCCCUCUCCUUCCUCAGCAGAGGAUGGCUCCGACGGACAGUUCUCCUGCGAGGGGGAGCUGCACUCGGUGGUGGAUCUCAUCCGCUACAUGCACACCUACUGCCUGCCACCCAGGAAGCUGCCCACCCGCGACGCUGCCAACGCCAGGCCCCAGCCCUGCAGCAGCCCCUUCAAGAGAGCCAAAGCGGACUGUGCCUCACGAGAGAGCCGGCCGGGCUGCGCCUGGCAUGCAGCGGGGGCCUGCCAGAAGCCCGCAGCCUCCUUCUCCAUCCUGAAGGAGCUGCUGGCACGGGACCUGCUGUGCGAUGUCAGCAAGCCCUACCGCCUGGGCAGGCCCGUGUAUGCCUCCCUGGCCCGGCCACCCGCUGCCCGCUGCCCCACAGCGCAGGCCCAGGACGGGGAGGAGGCUGGUGGGGCCUGCAAAUCCAGAGCCAAAGCGUUGCCAGAGAGAGCAGAGCCGUGUCACAGCCCCGGGGCCGAGGUGGAGGCUGCGCGGGAGCCUGGUGCGGUGGAGGAGGAGGCGGAGAGGUGUGUGAGCACCCCAGGCGUGGCUGUGGGGAAGGCGGCCCGCAGACCCGAGAGCACCAUUUAUGCUGUCCGUCGGUCCAAGAGACUCAACCCUGAGCUGGGCCACUGGCUGACCUUCCUCGAUGAGCCGCCCCCCGAGCCCCCUGUGCCCCGGGAGCCCGCACUGUGCCCGCCGCUGGAGGCCUUCCCCGCUGAAGAGCCUGCAGCCGAAGUGGAGGUGGGCGGCACAGAAGAGGGAGAUGGUGGGAGCACGGUGCCGCCGGCAGAGCCCCAGCCCCUCGUCCUGGCAUCCCCAGGGGAUGGCGAGAGCAGCGCGAGCCAACGCUGUGCCCCCCAGCAGCAUGCAGAAACACCCCGGUGUCUCACGCUGUCCUUGGCGCAAACUGACUCUACUUUCGGGAAGAGAAACUUGGAGUCAAUGCUGACCGUGGAGCUGUGUGGGACAGCAGGUCUCACGCCGCCCACCACUCCACCAUACAAGCCCGCUGAGGAGGAUCUGUACAAGCCAGACAUCCCCCAGGAGACAGGCAAGGAGGACAGCACAGACCCCAGUCCUGGGGCCGGCAGCACAGGGGACACAGCCACCUUUCAGAAAGCCUCGAAGAAGCACCCUGAGAGGACAGAGCUCUUGGCCCACCUGAGCCGAGCUGCUGAGCAGCCAGGAGUGCUCAAGCGGCCCUUCUCACGCUCCUUUGGGGACCACGACUACUGCCAGGUGCUGAAGCCUGAGGCCACCCUGCAAAGAAAGGUGCUCAAGUCAUGGGAGCCCUCAGGCCUGACAGAGAUGGAGCACAAGAGGAGGGUCCCAGAUGCACACUACCAGGGGCUGGACCUUGGCAGCAAGGAGGCAGGCGGCGAGAUGGUGUGGAAGGAUGGCAUCAAGCAGCUGAGAGAUCAGGAGAUCAGAGCCAGCUUAACAAAGCACUUUGGCUUCCUGGACAGUCCUCUUGACGACGAGGACAUGGCCUUCUGCAAGACCCCUGAGUAUGACGUUGUUUUUGAUGACAGCUGCAGUGAAAGUGGCUCCCUGGUAGAGGAGGAGGAGGAGGAAGAGGAAGAGGAGGAAGAGGAGCACUGCGACAGCCCGUUGGACACCAAGCUGUGCCUGCGGAGAAACCCCCUUUCCAGGACCAGUUUGCAUUACUGCUCCCGGAGCAGGUCCAGCUCGGGGUCUUCGUGCUGCCGGUCCCGAUCCCCCACAAGCAGACGCACCUUCAGGUACAGGUGUGAGAACGGUGAGCGGUGUCAGGGUGGCAGCAGGAGCCGGGGCCAGCUUGAGAAGAAACGGGAAAAGGCCAUCGGGGAAGGCCGGGUGGUGUACAUCAGGAACCUCUCCAGCAACAUGAGCUCCAGAGAACUGAAGAAACGCUUCGAGGUGUUCGGUGAGAUCGUGGAGUGCCAAGUCCUGUCCAAGACUAACAGGGGGGAUAAAUACGGCUUCAUCACCUACCGGUAUUCAGAGCACGCCGCCUUAUCUCUGAAGAAUGGCACCUCACUAAGGAAGAGGAAUGAGCCUUGCUUCCAGCUCAGCUCCGGUAGCCUCGGGCACUUCUUCUGGACCAGAUACACUGACUUAGAUUGCAGCACGGAGGAGUCCUCCCCAGCGCCAGUGAAGAGCAAGUACGAGACCAUGGAUUUUGACAGCUUGCUGCAGGAGGCCCAGCUAAGCCUGCAUCGGUAACAGCCUUAACCUUGGAGGAAUACCUCAAUACCUCAGUCAAGGCACUUCCAAUAUGUUUACGUUUUCAAAGAAAUUAUUCAGUUUAUGACAAGCGAGAGAGAGCGAGAGAGCGAGAGCACGCACGUGCGAGAGAGAGACUGCUGUCCCUUUCAAUCGAUGUUUACAUUGAACAAAGCUGCUUCUGUCUGUGAGUCCCCAUGGUGUUGAUGUCUCACUGCCACACAUUAGUCGCCCCGCUUCUGACUGGUUGUUUUAGGGUGAGCCUAGGAGCCCCCGGCCCCUGUCCCCCGGCCCCCACCCCGUGCUCCCGCUGUGGAGUUGCAGCUGUGUUCAUCAUAACAUUUUUUGUCCGUAGUGUGUGAUGAUGAAAUUGUUAAUUGUGAAUAGAAUCAGGAUUAUAAACUAAUUUUUAAUAGAAGAAGAAAAAAAGAAGUAUAUACUUAAAAGAUGUAUUUAUGGCUCAGAUGUACUGUAAUUCAGAUUUAUUGUACCGCUUCCUUGAUUUUUAACUAUGCACUGUAAUGAGGCACUUGCCACAGAGCAAAUGGGGGUCAGAGCAGAGCCCCAGAGCCAGCGUUCGCCCUCAGCCACGAGGCCGCCCUCCUCCCCGCCGGGUCACCACGCUGCCGUCAAAGCCAUUCUCCGUGAGCGGGGCCACGGUGCGGGCAUGAAGGGAAGGGUGGUGAAGGAGCGGCACAACCACCUCCAGGCAUCCCCGCUCCGGCCCGGGCACCCGUAGGCUCUGGUCCCGCCGUGUGCAGGGGCACGGCAGCCCCGUGUCUCUGCCCACCUGACACGCUGCCCGUUCUCCGGCCGGUGCCCGAUAAGCCAUACGCCCGCCCAGCACCCAGUUGGCGAGAUGGGUCUGUGCCCACCACCAGCGCGCUCCGUGCUGCUGCCUCUGUGCCCAGCAGCGUGAAGGAAGCGUGGCGGCUUUGCUGCGUCUGUGGCUCCUGGCUGGCCUGCCGUCGCUCGCACCAACCGCUGCCUCUCGCCAGGGCCCCGUGCCGCCCGGCAGCACUGGAUGUAAGGCGUGCUCAAGCAGCAUCCCCACGAAAUUUGCUUGCAAACUUGUCCCCCACCUCUGGGAGAGGUGGGAGCGGGAGAGACCCCAGCCUCGGUUGGAGGGAUCCCAACCGUGAGCAGGCCAGAGGCACUAUUUCCCAGAGGGAAAGGAAAUCUCCCUGGCUCCUCAAGCCAUCUCCAUCGCCCUCAUUUGCUUUCUGGACACAGAGACCACUAGGGAUUCAGCCAUCCUUUAUAGAUAGAAUAUUAUAGCCUUAACUCUGCCAAUAGAUAGAUUAGAGUCUUCUGGGGUCUCCCCGGUACGUGACGUAGGGUUUUUAUUCUCAUUUCCUCAGUGUGGACGCCAUUUCAUCUUGCAGGUAGUAUGACCAAAGCCCCCAAAAUUGCACGAGGUUCGGUUCCAGGAGCCCUGCUUGCCGACGCAGCCCGUGGCUCCAGCCCAGGCCUGUCCCUAACAGGAGGGCUGCCAGUAGCCAUGCCAGCAGCGGUGCCCUCUUGUUUCUCGCUGCUCUCAUGGAACCUGUGGUUCCAACAGCACCAGCGAGGCGGUGGCACGGCUCCGCUGGUUCCCACCCCUGCCACCAGAGCCGGCCGCUGUCCUUGUGCCACUUGGCUCUCAGCCCAGAGCAAGGGCCGAGGUGUCUCCUGCCACAGGCUGUCCCCACUCCUGUCCCUGACCCAGCAUACGCGAGUAACCCUGGCCAAGACUGAGCAUCUGCUAUUGGCAAUUGCCUCAUUGUAGCUUUGCCUUUUUCUGUCCUAGUAUUUCCUCACGACGAUGAUGUUUACAUGUGAUUGCUAUAGAGCUUAUGUAGAAUGUAUAUAGCGACACAUUUAGGGUGGGUAGUACUGUCCUGUGCUGUGCUGAUGUUUUUCAGAAAACGAUCAAUCCAAAAAAAAAAAAAGAAAAAAAAAGAAAAGCUAAGUGGAAUUCUUCCAUCUCCUCCUUGCCCAGCCAUGGGAGCGAGCCCCGGGCUGCUCCCAGCUGGAGGAUGCAUCAAGCCUGGCAGAGGGGAAGGGCGAGCGCCACGGGGCUGCCGGGGCCCAGAGGACCCCCCAGGGGCAGCCCCCAGGUGCGUUGCCAGCGUUGGUUUCUGUGAGCCCCCAUCCAAAAUUCGAUGUUGCUUUCCUGUGGCUUCCCGUGCCAUCGCAGCGCUUCUGCGCGGGGGCAUGGCGCUCCCUGCAAUGGGAACCUCGUGACGCACAGAGCCAAUCAGUACUGCAGUCAUAGGAUAGGACGAGAUGCAAUAAGUGGUCUUCAUGUUGCCUGAAGCCUAUAAGUGGAUUUUUUGUUGUCAUUUGGGGGUUCUCCUUCCCCCCCCCUUAAAUUUGGACAGCUCAUUGUCCCUUUCCCCUUGAGAAACGUCUCCUGCACUAAUGCAAUACGCACACAGGUGCUCAGGCACCCUCCUUGCCAGCCCCCAUGCCUCCCCCCAGUUUAGGACUUGGUGAGCGUGGAGCAUUUCAGCCCGAGAAGCACAGGUGUGGCUGCCUGCCGCCUGCGUUUAGAGCCGCUCGCGCAGGGGUAGUGGUGAAAAAUAAGUUUCCACUGGAGUUUUAUUUUUUUAAUGUAAAGGUUUCAUUCGCUCGCAGCGCCCAGGGGUGAGGAGGGGCCGGGCAGAGCUCCCUCCAUUCAGGGACCGAGGCUGCUCUGGGUGCAGGGAAGGGCCCCCGCGCCCCUUGUUGCUGGGGCACGGCCCAGAGAAACUGGGAGCAAAGGGUAUAUUAGGGUAGGCAAUAAGUAAGGAGGAGAUUUAUUUUUUUAAGAAGUAUAUAGCUCUAGAGCGUCCCCCGAUAGUUGCCUGUGAGUACCCUGGGGAGAUGCUAAAUGUGAAGAGUUUGAUGAUGAAAUGCCCGUUCGCUUUUUUUGCACAGAUUUGCCCCGUAAAAUCUCGUUGUUCAGGGUGGGAUACCAGGUUUCCCGGCUGGAAUCCAGCGGGCUCCUGGGGCUCCACAGGAGAGGAGCCGAUGUUUCCGAGUCUGGGCUGAAUGCAGAGGACAAUCCCGGAUGUUAGGUUUGAUGCUGCCCCACAGAUGAGGUUCAUCCCGACUCCUCGUCAGCGCAGCUCGCUGGGCUGGGUGCCUUCCCUGCGGGAGCAGCAGCUCAGCCGCCGCGUUGCAGGCUGUGUCUGACUUCAGCACUGGUCCGUGCGGAGCCGCGUCGCAGACCAGUGUUUGAAUUCUUUUGAAUUGUGUCUUUUCUUUUUGGCGCUACGCUCAAUAACGAACUCCAUCGUUGUUCGUAGCCGAGCCCUGAAGCCCUUUCUGUUCUAUCUCCGUCCGUCCCGACAAUCUCAAGCAAUAUGAACCAGUCGCAGCCUUCGGGCUCCGUUCCUCGUCCCCGGAGCCGCGGCCGGGCACAGCACGGGCAGCGCCAGCACCGCCCCGCAAAGCCGGGGGCUGCGUGCGUGUGAGAGAGAGGAAGGUGAAAGCGAUGCAUUUCUCGAGAAAGGUGUAAGAAUUUCACCUAAAAAGGGGCACAUCUGCUUUGUUAUUUAUAAUAAAAGCUAAAUUCUUUUUUUUUUUUUUUUUUUUUUUAAAACUGCAAGGACACUGCUAAUAAUUAUUAGGGGCCAGUUCUGCCCCCUUCCUCGUGCUGAGUAAGUACUGCGUAACUCUGUGAUUUUCUGCUCGCAGAGUAAGUAAAAGUGGCAGAGUUGAUCCCUCUGUGAUUAAGAAUCAAGUUUUUAGUCUGAUUUUUUUUAAUUGGUAGCGGUUUUUUAUAUUUCACUUUUUUGUUUUCCCCCCUGGUUCCGUUCCGUUGUGUCCUUAUUUAUGUAAUAUACUUUAACCUUAAAACACGGCAUGGAUUCCUAUGCCUUUCCUUUAUUAUUGUUGUUAUUAUUUUUAAACAGAGAUUUAUUUCUAGUGUGAUUUAACUGUCUACCUUCUAAAACGAGAGAACGUUUUCUUGUAUUUUUACAUUGUCAGAUUCUAUAGUUUCAUAGAUAAUUUAACCAAAUCGCUCGAUGUAUGAUCUAUAUCUAUCCAGUGGGUAUAAAAGUUCUAUUUUAAAUUGUGUAAAUACUUCAGAACUGGCUUCUUUUUCCAGACUCCCCUGCCGCGGAGUUACUUGUUUACAUCACAAAGACUGUAGAAUCUCUACGCUCAUGUACUGUAAAUAGUGAAGUGAUCUGCCUAUAAAUAAACGAUAACGUAUAUACUACAAA